AUGAGCGGUGAGAAUAUUUACAAUGUACUUCAAGAAGGAGCUCCCGUAACAACGGGCCCCUACACCGGUAAUUACGAAAAACAUUUUAAGGAAAGACCAAAACCCGCGUACUCAACCUUUUUCGAGAAGGGGAAGGAAUAUGAUGGCUCACACGUACGCUACUUCAAACAACGUCAUGCAGUUUUUGGUCCGGUGAUCGGUGAUACCGUGGAUCCAAAGAACUUUUUACGAUCCGGGAGAGGUGUCAAGCAUUCUGUGCCUCCUGUGCAACAAAGAAAAAUUUUUACAAAGCCUUUAUUGGAUCACGGAAUUUCAAAGUCCCGUAAUCAGGGGAGGGAACGUGUUGCCGCAAAGCCAAAUAUUCUUUCUGCUGGUGAGGAGGCCGACGAGCUGCGUGACGCGAACGGGUUGGAAGGUGGUUAUGGAAGAAAUGGAGAGAAAAGUGGUGUUCUGACCACCAAGGAAUCUGGAGCACAAUCCGGUGAGGAAAUCUUAGAAGAUCAGGGAAAUAUUGACGGGAAUCACUACAACGGGCCCACUGGCUAUGUGAAAGAAUCAGGAAAUGGUCAAAAUGGAAAUGAGGAAAAGGAUUUUGCCGCUCAUGGCGCCAAUAUAGAUCAAUCUUUACAUUCUGCAAAUGCAGGAGGUUAUUUGGGGGGUAAGGACCUUGUUGACGGCAAAAAGGACUUUACUACAUCAAACAUAAUACAGGUCAGUAAUAUGGUACCCAAGAGAAGAAAAGAUCAACCGGAGAAUCCAACUUCCAGGAAGACAUUUGGACAGGCACCAGGAUACUUGCAUCGCGUGAAGCGAGAAAUUGAUGAGGAAAAGAUGCGCCUUAAAUCGAUUGAAGAAAUGCAACUUCAACAGAAAAUUCAGAAUAUGAAAAAAUUUGUUCAUCGACUGGAUAAAAAGGAACAGUUGCAAUUGUUAGAAAAACUAAGAACAAAGCUGAAUGAAAAAAGUGCAGAGCUGAUUAAGAUGCCCUUUCUCAAGGAUACAUAUACUCAGAUUCUGCGACGGGCUGAAUUAGAGAAAGGAAUCAAACAAAUUGAAGCUUCUAUAGCUAAACUAGACAAAGAUGCUGUGUUUGUUUACAAUGAUGAUCCGAGAUGUAUCCACUGGACGAAGAACGCCGCCCUUGAAGAAGCAACUCUUUUUGCUUCAGAGAGAGAAAAUUGA